AUGGGACGGUUGGCUGGACUAGAACUCCACAAUUUCAAGUCGUAUCGCGGCACAGCAUCCGUCGGCUUCGGUGACGCGUCUUUCACAUCCAUCAUCGGCCCAAAUGGUGCCGGAAAAUCCAACAUGUUGGACGCAAUCUCGUUCGUUUUGGGUGUUCAAUCGGCCCAACUUAGGUCCCACCAACUACGCGAUUUGAUAUAUAGAGGACGCGUUGAAAGCACUGAAAACGAUGAAGAAUCGUCGGGAUCUGACGUGCUGCUGCAGGAUCCAACCUCUGCUUACGUGUGUGCGUUCUAUGAGAAGGACAAUGGAGAGCUCAUGAAACUUAAAAGAACUAUAAAUACAAACGGAUCCUCGGACUAUAGUAUCAACGGAAAGAUUGUCACAUCACUCCAAUACUCCAUUGCUCUCAAAGCAGAGAAUAUUCUCAUCAAAGCAAAGAACUUCUUGGUGUUCCAGGGAGACAUUGAAAAUGUAGCUGCACAGUCGCCAAAAGACUUGGCUCGCAUGUUAGAAACCAUAAGUGGCUCUGCAGAGUACGUUGCCGAGUAUGAAAAAUUGAAGGAGGAGUUUGAACGCACUAGAGAUUUGGCCGCAGAGGUGUUUUCUCGUAAGAGAAACUUGAACUCUGAGCUGAAACAGUACAAGGAGCAGAUGCGCGAACGAGAGAUCUUCGAGGCAAAAUUGAAUGAGAAGUAUACCCUCAUCAAGAAAUAUCAUCUCUACAAAAUAUUCCACAACCAAAAGCGCCACUUCCAGUUGGUUGCAGAGAACAGAGCCUUGCAAGAACAGCUUCAAACCGCCAAAACCAAACUUAAAGAAUUGGAGGCUGACCACGGAACACAGAGUGCAGAAGCGUCAAGAGCGUCUCUCGAUGUAAAAAGAUUAGAAGCUUCGAUCCUCGAAACCAAAACUAAUCUCGAGUCAAUUCGUAGAGCCAUGCUUCCAGUCAACACAUCUCAAAAAUCUUUACAGACGCGCAUAGAAGUUAGUGAGGCGAAACUCGCGGACUUAAACCGUGAUUUGGAGAACCAAUUGGAAAUGGCUUCUAUUCUGCAUUCAAAACUAGUGUCUGUCGAGGAACAGCUCGAGGAGUUGGAUGAAAGGGUAGAAGAGCUCCGAAAGAAGUCACAACUUCCUGAAGAAGGCGUUUUGGAAUACCAACAAUUGAGAAAGCAGUUCUUGGCUAACUCUGGUUCCCAACUAGAGGAGAAGCUUUCUAUUCUAGAUGCGGAUCGGGACGCGUUUGUGUCCUCUGUACGCAACUAUCAAUCUCAGCAGGAAAAUGCCGAAUCAAGAAUUCAGAACCUCGAGGACAGCAUUCGUUCCACAUAUCAGCCAAGAUUGAACAUUACCCUGUCGAAGAUGAACGAUAUGUUGGGCACAAAGGCUGAAAAAAUUGCUUUAAAGGAAUCUUUGAUGAAAAACAAUGAAGAUCUCGCUCUUAAAGAAGUUGAGUUAGCUGCUGAACUUAGGCAAACACUCUCAAAGCUAGACGAUCUUUCUCUUGAGCAGAAGGAGACAAAAAAGCAGAAAAGGUUGCGCGACAAUGUCAAUAUGUUGAAAAGCAUUCUCAAAGAAGGAUCAAUUAAAGGUAUUCUUCAUGAAUUGGUUCGCUCUACUCAACAGAAGUAUGACUUGGCUCUACAAACAGCCCUUGGCGCCAAUUUGGACGCAAUUGUGGUAGAGAGCACCGAGGUUGCCUACAAAUGUGUCGAUUUAUUGAAAGAACGUCGCGCUGGCACGGCGACUUUCAUCCCAGUGGAUUCUGUGGUGACGGAUCCUGUCAAUCUAUACUAUUUGCGUACCUUAAGCGAAAAUGCUUGUCCUGCUAUUGAUGUGGUAACUUAUGAUGAUGUAUCCAUUGAAAGAGCGGUGAUGUUUGCUUUGGGCGACACUCUUGUGGUUGACUCCGUCGACGCUGCUCGGGACCUCAAAUGGAACCAUCCGCAGGCCAUCAACAACAAGAUGGUGACUUUAGACGGUGCUGUGAUUCAUAAACUGGGUCUUAUGACUGGUGGUCAGGAGAUACAAAAAACAAGCGCAUCAUUGAUGUGGACCAAGCAGGAUUUGGCCAAUUUGAGCAGCAAAAAGGAUGAGUUGAAUGCGGAAUUAUCGAAGUUACAAGCUGAUAAGAGCAACACUAUUGAUAUCAACAGUUUGACAGAAGAACUUGCGGCUUUGGAUGAGAACAUCCAGCAAUGCCGGGCCAAGAUCAGCAGCCUUGAAAGAGAUGUUGAUGAAAGACGCCAAGAGGUUGAAUUCCACCAAAGCCAACUAAGCACUUUCAAAUCCUUGUGUGAAGUGAAAGAGAGUCAGCUUGCUGCCAUAGAUGCCGAAAUUCUUGAUGCUAAGAGCCAAAUCACCACAAUCCAGGCGUCCGUAUACAGUGAAUUUUGUGAAAAGUACAAUCUUCAAAGUAUCAAUGAUUAUGAGAUGGUCAGUGGACCUGGAAUGCGGGCUCGGGCAAGAGAGCGCUCCGAGCUUGAAAGAGCUAUCUCCUCUCUCAGAAAUCAACAUAAAAUGCACAAAGAGAGCUCUGAGGAAACAAUGGGACGUAUUCUGCGUAUCUCCAAGGACCUCGCUCAAUUCAAUGAGGAUCUUUUAGCUGUAACAUGUCAGUGGGAUGACUUGGACGCCGAGUUCCUGGGAAUGGAAGAAAAGUUGAAUGACUUGAACAAUGAGAAAAAGGAAGCUGGGCUCUUGUAUAAAGCUCUAUUGAAAGCCAUUAAAGUGCUAGAGGUAGAAAUUUCUGACCUUAAAUCUGAUGUGAGAAGCAUGACAAAAGACUUGUUAAUCAGAGAGGAGUCUCUUUUAAAGGUGGAUUCUAGCAGACUCAAUCUUUUGAAGAACUGUAAGAUUGAAAAUGUUGAUCUUCCUCUUGAAAAUGGCUUCUUGGAUUCUAUUUCUCUCGACUCCAGUUCCGACAUUUCAGCCGUAGCCUACCUGGUUUACGUCGAUUAUUCGCUACUAGACCUAAGCCUCCAGGACAGACAUUCAGUUAAGGCAGAAGCCGAAUUGAAGGUUAAAAUUGAAGAUGUGAUAAGCGACUUGCAAGCGCUCACGCCUAACGCGAAGGCAAUGGAGCGGUUAAAGGAGGUGGAUACCAAGAUCAAGAACUUUGAUCGUGAGUUCACGAAAGCUAGACAAGACGAAAAGCGCGCUACGACCAGAUUUAACGAGGUCAAGCAGCUUCGGACAGAACUCUUCAUGACUGCCUUCAGCCAUAUUUCGGAUCGUAUCGAUGGUGUUUACAAAGAAUUAACCAAGUCUACGUCGACAGUUGGAGGAUCUGCAUACUUGACUUUGGAGGACGAAGAUGAACCUUAUGCUGGCGGUAUUCGGUACCAUGCCAUGCCUCCCAUGAAGCGGUUCAGAGACAUGGACCUCCUCUCUGGAGGAGAGAAGACCAUGGCGGCUUUGGCACUUUUGUUUGCAGUCCACUCAUUCCAUCCCUCGCCAUUUUUUGUACUUGAUGAGAUUGAUGCUGCCCUUGAUAAUUCCAAUGUCGCCAAAAUUGCGUCGUACAUGAAGCGUCAUUCGGGUGUGGGGCUCCAAUUUAUCGUCAUCUCUUUGAAAAGUUCGCUUUUCGAGAAUUCCGAUGCUUUGGUAGGCAUCUACAGAGAACAGCGGGAAAAUUCUUCCAAGACUGUGACUCUUGAUUUAAGAAAUUACCAGACUGCCAGUGCUGAGGUCACUAGGAAAGAGGAUGUAACACCUGCGGUUCCUGUUUAG